GCCGCUGUCAAUUGUUUAGGGACAAAUAAUCCUCGAUCAAUGGCUAACUAAAAUUAACCGCGUAGAAUUGGGUGAUCUACAAACUCGCGUUAUCAAUGGAUUGGACGCAUAAUCGUCGUGUCGCACGAAGACAGGCGACACUUGGCGAAACGUCAGUUAAAGUUGAAACGGUAACCGCGUGUUAAAAUCAGUAAGUACACGGGGCAGGCGAGUUCAGUCGCGUGUGUAAAGUCACAAGAAAGAGUUGAAGCGGGUGAGACGUGGACGUGUCGGGUAUAACCUCGAUGAGCAUAUGUCGCGGUUCUGAUACCGUUUGGAAUACGUGUAGAGAUUGUUUGACAGGAACUCAUCAAUAAUGACAGGUAGUCAGAAAACGUCUAAAGUAAAGUUGCUCGUUUGUGCAGCUGGUAUUUUCGUGUGCUACUUCUAUUUUGGUGUUCUUCAAGAGAAGAUAACAAGAGGACAGUAUGGAGAUGCCGAGAAACCCGAAAAAUUCACAUUCGCGUUUGCAUUGGUUUCUGUCCAAUGUCUGCUCAACUACGUGUUUGCCAAAGUUAUAUUAUUGACUGUUAUGAAACAGGGCGAAGACUCCACUCGUACAAUUUAUUAUGCUCUUAGUUCGCUUACUUAUCUACUCGCUAUGGUUUGCAGUACUAUGGCUUUGCAAUUUGUCAGCUAUCCUACUCAGGUCGUCGGCAAGGCUGGGAAACCUAUUCCUGUAAUGAUACUCGGCGUACUGCUCGGAAGGAAGGUUUAUCCAUUGAGGAAAUACCUGUUCGUGUUACUGAUCGUUGUGGGCGUCGCUCUCUUCAUGUACAAAGACAACGUGGCAAAUGCCAAGCAGACCGAAAGCCAAAUGGGCUUUGGGGAAUUUUUGAUCCUGCUGUCAUUGACGAUGGAUGGACUGACUGGAGCAGUACAGGAAAGAAUGCGCUCAGAGCACAAAUCUAAAUCUGGCCACAUGAUGCUGAAUAUGAAUUUCUGGUCGUUUAUAUUCAGCACUUCCAUUAUCCUAGUGUCAGGAGAACUCGUACAAUUCUUGUCAUUUAUGCAGAGACAUCCAAACUGUCUGUGGCAUAUUGUUUCCUUUUCAUUGGCAGGAGCGUUUGGACAAUUUUUCAUAUUCUUAACAGUGUCGGAUUUCGGCCCUCUUCCAUGCUCCGUUAUGACUACUACUAGGAAAUUCUUUACUGUAUUAGGUUCUGUUCUGUUAUUUGGUAACAAUUUAUUACCCAGACAAUGGCUAGCUACGUUUAUAGUUUUCUCAGGGUUAUUCUUAGACGCUAUGUAUGGCAAGACUAAACUGCCUAUAAAGGAAACUACGGAAUGAGUUUAAUUAUAACAUCAUAGUAUAAUAGAUGAAUUACGUUGGAGGUUCUGAAAUUUUGUUCAGUUCAUUUUCGUAUGAGGCUGAAGUUAGUAACAUUAAUGCAACGUGACAUCAGGGAAAAAAUCAUUGCUGGACAGUUAGCUUUUCAAAAUAAUAAGCGAAUGUGUUAUUUAUCAUGGUACACUAAAUUUUCAAUGUUCCCAAAGGUGCAAAAUAACGAUUUUUCCUAAACAUGCAUAGUUACAGUAACCUUACCAACUUCGCCCUCAUACCUUCUUUAGGUACAAUUCAUAUCGCGACGAAAAGGUGUGUAGAAUAGAUCAACAUCAUCAGUGAAUAGAAAUAACUUUGUAACUCUCCAUCA